AUGGCAAUUUUUGUGUUCUCUUUUCCUUUAGUGGAAUGCACAAGCUUGCAUGUCCUCAUCCCUACGAAUGUCAUGGAUAAGGAGGCUACAACUUUGAGUGCAGCGGUGGCGAGCCACCGGAGUUGUUUGGAUGGCUUGAAGGAGAAGGGGUGGUCGGUGGAAGCUCAAAAGGGUCAGAACUUGACUCUGUUGCUUAGGGAGGCUUUGGCAUUUUAUGGCACCAAAGAUAAUCCAAGGGGUAAGAGCAAGGGAGCACAGAGGCGACCAAAGUCCAACCCAAAUGGGGCUCUUCUAGCAUCAUGGAAUGCAGCAACCUCCAAGGCUAAUUUUGUAGUAGCUCAAGAUGGUUCUGGCAACUACAAGACCAUAAAUAAGGCAGUUUCAGCAGUUUCUAGAAUGGGUAAUAGUAGGCCAGAGAGAGUGAUUGUAUAUGUGAAAUCUGGGGUUUACAUUGAGAAAGUGGAGAUUGGGAGGGGAAUGAAGAACUUGAUGUUUAUGGGUGAUGGUAUGGGGCAGACAGUCAUCACAGGUAACAGAAACGUCCAAGAUGGUGCCAGAACUUUCAGCUCAACCACAUUUGGACCCCAUAAACAUCAGGCAAUGACAGUUAUGGUGGCUUCUGACCUCUCGGGAAGAGUUGAUCCAAAUGAGAAUACUGGGAUUUCAAAUGUCAACUCUCGGGUCGCACCUGCCCCAGAUUUUGCUUCUGUUAAAGGCGCAAUCAAGAGUUAUUUAGGGCGACCAUGGAAAAAAUACUCGAGGACAAUUUUAUUCAAGACGGAAAUGGAUGGAUUGAUUGAUCCAAAAGGGUGGACUGAAUGGAGUGGCAACUUUGCUCUUUCAACACUAUAUUAUGUAGAAUAUAUGAACUCCGGUACUGGAGCUUCAACCACCCGAAGGGUGAGAUGGCCUGGUUUUCAUGUGUUGAAUGAUCCUCAACAAGCUAGCCCAUUUUUAGUGAGAAAUUUCAUUCAGGGGGAGUCGUGGAUUCCGGCGACCGGAGUGCCAUUUUGGCUUGACAUUUAG